AUGAAGCAUCGUCACUUCACUCAAUAUCUGUAUCUUUUGUACGUGAUCGUGCUCGUGGAGGGAUAUCACGAUGUCUGGUCAGCGUUCAACCUUACACUUGACGGUCAUCUGCAUGACGCGAAGCCUUUUUCUCUUCCCUGCUUCUCACAGUAUGAAGGGGAAGCCAUACCGUCGAACCCUGGAUUGUGCUCAGUGGUACAGAAAAACUAUACCAACUCUCGUUUCCGGGCGGAGUACUACCACGGGUUUCAAAAUAACCAAGAUGAAGUCUGUCUAACAAAUACCACCGCCCAAUGUCUUCUAGAUCCAACAAAUACCGCCAAUCAGCAGGCAUUCGUCAACAAGAGCUGCAACCAAGGAAGUGUGUCGAAAUACUACGUCGAUGUUCGUUCCGAGAAGGACGUUAUUUCGACCUUUAAGUUCGCACAGGAGAACAAUGUCAACUUAUCCAUCAAGAAUAGUGGUCACGAUUAUCUUGGUAGAAGCAGUUUAGAGGGAUCGCUUGCCCUCUGGACACGCAACCUGGGAGCAGUUUCUCGAGAUCCCACUUUUGUUCCAGAAGGGUGUCCAGCGCAUAAAGUUGCGCCUACCGAUACUAUCACAACCGGAGCUGGAGUCAAUACUGAAGAAGUCUACUAUUUUGCUGAUGCUCAAAACGUGACUUUCAUUGGUCCAUAUGGCACUAGUAUUGGAGUCAGUGGAGGUUGGGUCCAAGCUGGUGGUCAUACAGUGCUCUCUCCAGUCUAUGGGCUAGGAAUUGAUCGCGUGGUUCAAUACAAGAUAGUUACUCCUGACGGUGUGUUUCGAACCGCGAACAUUUGUCAGAACUCGGACCUCUUCUGGGCUUUGAGAGGAGGAGGAGGAGGAACAUUCGGUGUCGUUAUUGGAAGCACACACCGUGUAGAGAAGGCUAUGAGUCUGGCGGUGGUCUCUAUCACAUUCAAGCAAACAUCCGCCAACGUCAAAAAAUGGUUCACAAUCAUCACCAACAAUUCCUUACCAUGGGCAAAGCAAGGCUGGGGUGGCCAUAUCAGACCUAACUCACUUAUUUCAGUCACGCCUCUACUAUCUCUGAAUGAAGCGGAAGCCUCAAUGGAAGCCGCAUCCAAUUUUGCAAAGGCGAAUAACGGAUCUGCGGUCAUUGAAGUUGUGCCAAGCUGGCUUACCUUCUACACUAAAUAUCUGGUUCCAAACGAGGCUCCUGUAGCCACACCACGUUUUCUCGCGUCGAGAUUGGUGCCAUCUUCGAUCUUCUCAUCUGAAGAAGGCAGAUCUGAUCUUCUCAACUUUCUGCAGAAUGCCCUUGCUCAAGGCUUGCCACCAUAUAUUCCAACAGACACCCCAUUUUUGUAUCCCUACAUACCGCAGUCUACCUCCGCAACGCCAGCGUGGAGAGGUGCUGUAUGGAGUCUGAGUUUCGGUGUCGACAUCGGGUGGAACACGACAUUAGAACAACGGACAGCGACGUUGAAGAAACAAGCGAGCGUUAUCAAAGAUCUUGAAACUCUAAUCGAGAAGUAUGGUGCUGAGGUGGGCAGCUAUUUCAAUGAAGAUUCUCCUUGGACAGAUAACUGGCGGGAGAAGUGGUGGGGUCUGGAGAACUAUAAGAAGCUCGAGCAGAUCAAGAAGAAGUAUGAUCCGAAAGAGUUGCUAGGAUGCUUCAAGUGCGUUGGUUUUCAAGAGCGGAGCGCCAAGGAUGAAUUUGGUUGUUAUGAUAUUUUCACUUAA